AUGAAGCUGUCCCCCGCCAAAGCAGGAGUCCUGCUCUCUCUGGCAGCUCUCGCUGAAUGCCUGAGCUACACUAAUGUCUCUGAAGUGCCACUGUAUGGGCAGAGUCCACCAGUGUAUCCGACGCCGGAGGGCUAUGGCGGAACGGACGCAAAUUGGCUAGCAGCCUAUGCGAAGGCCAAAGCCCUGGUGGAUCAGAUGUCCUUGAUCGAGAAGGUCAAUAUGACAAGAGGACAUACCGGGCUUUGUGUCGGCAACACCUUCAACAUCAGCAGACUCGGGAUAAGCUCGAUGUGCUUAGCAGAUGCUCCAGACGGCAUCAGAGGACAAGAAUUCGUGUCAGCCUUUCCAGCCCAACUAACCGUGGGAGCUACCUUCGACAAGGACCUUAUGUAUGAGUACGGAAAAGCUUUGGGGGAAGAAUACCGCGGCAAAGGCAUCCAUGUCGCUCUCCUCCCGGUCGCCGGCCCUCUUGGCAGAGUAGCAAGAGGUGGCCGAAAUUGGGAAGGAUUUGGAGCAGACCCAUUCCUCUCCUCGGUCGGCAUGCGUGAGGUUGUCGUAGGUCUUCAGGGCACCGGCGUCGUCUCACAGAUGAAGCACUGGCUUUUGAACGAGCAGGAGUGGAGACGCAAUCCUGGAUCUAUGGGUGAAUCCAUCUCUACGAACGCCGAUGACCGCUCAAUCCAUGAGCUCUAUGCUUUUCCAUUCAUGGCCGCUGUACAGGCUGGAGCAGCGUCGGCUAUGUGCUCGUAUCAGAGAGUCAACAACAGCUAUGGCUGCCAGAACUCUAAGCUCCUCAACGGCAUACUGAAGGGCGAGCUGAAUUUCCAAGGAUUCGUUACUUCUGACUGGGGAGCCAACCAUGCUGGAGUUGCUGCAGCCAAUGCUGGGCUUGAUCUUAUCAUGCCAGACGGUGGAUACUGGGGCAAUAAUUUGACUGAGGCCAUCAACAAUGGCUCCGUCUCUGAAAGUCGCUUGGACGACAUGGUGACUCGCAUCCUCGCUGCGUGGUAUCAUCUUGGCCAAGACGAAGGGUAUCCAGAUGUUGGCGUGUAUAACUACAACCAAGAGCAUCCCAUCAUUGAUGUGCGAGGUAACCACGCAGCCUUGAUCCGUGAGAUCGGAGCUGCGGGAACGGUGCUUGUCAAGAAUGUCGACGGCGCCUUGCCACUCAAGAAGCCAAGGUUCCUUAAUAUUUAUGGAUAUGAUGCCAAGCUGCCAGACUCCCCAUGGACCACGCCCGCUCGUUUUGGUGGCGGAUAUGAUGUCAACUUUGGGUGGAAUACCUUCAAUGGUACGCUCAUUACUGGCGGAGGCAGCGGCUCCAACGCUCCUUCAUAUGUGAUCAGCCCGUUCGACGCGAUUCAGAGGAGGGUCGUUGCCGACAGAGGUACGGUUCGGUGGGACUUUGCCGCUGUCAACCCGACUGUGUAUGCCAACGCCGAUGCGUGCUUGGUGUUCAUCAACGCAUAUGCAAGCGAGUCGUUCGACCGGAAGUCGUUGAAGGACGAGUUCAGCGACAGCCUCGUAAGGAAUGUGGCCACGAACUGCUCCAAUACGAUUGUCGUGAUUCAUUCUGCCGGCAUUCGUGUGGUGGAUGAAUGGGUGGAUCACCCAAACGUGACUGCGAUCGUGUAUGCGCUGCUGCCCGGCGAGGAGAGUGGCAACAGCAUUGUGGAUGUGCUGUAUGGAGAUGUUUCUCCCUCGGGACGCUUGCCUUUUACUGUGGCGAAGAACGAGAGCGACUACGGGAAUCUUCUCAACUCCACGAUCGGCUCUGGACCGUUCCCGCAAGACGACUUCACAGAGGGACUGUACAUCGACUAUCGCCAUUUCGACAAGUUCAACAUCACGCCACAGUACGAAUUCGGCUUCGGUCUCAGCUACACAAAAUUCGAGUACGGCAACCUCCAGAUCGCCGCCAAGAACGCGAGCACGAGCGAAUGGCCGUCUGCGAACGCCAUCAUUCCGCAAGGAGGCCACCCCGAGCUCUGGGAUCAGAUCUUCACCGUCACCGUCGACGUCACGAACACGGGCGAUGCAGCGGGGGCCGAGGUGGCACAGCUGUACGUUAGCAUUCCCACCGCGCCUCAAUGGCAACUGCGAGGCUUCGACCGCGUCAAUUUGGAGGUUGGACAAAGCAAGACAGCCACAUUCGAGAUCACACGGCUGGACUUGUCUGUUUGGAACGUGGUGCACCAGCAAUGGCAGCUGCAGCAAGGCAGUUAUCCCUUCUUUGUCGGAUCCAGCAGCCGUACGCAGCUGCUCACCGGCUCGCUCGACAUCUGA